GACGACGCCCUGUUCAACUCGGCUAACGCUAACAAAAAUGGCAGCCUUCUUACAGUGGAGGAAAUUUGUCUUCUUCGACAAAGACACGGUAAAGGAUCCGGUGGAUAAUGGAAAAAACUGUGUUCUUCCGAGCGGAGUCUCGGCCUGUGACUCGGGCCGUGGCCACAUCGUCCUGGGAGAUAUCCUUUACCAGCAGCGAGCAGCUAAUGUUGUGUUAGCUCCUGACAACUGAUGCGAGCUAAAGUAAACACUUGUUAUUUGUUAUCUGUGUUAGAAAUAAAAUAAACUUAACAGCACAAAUAAACUUAACAGCACAUUGAAGCAGCGAGCGGAGGACUGACCGGUAGUCAGGUCCGUUUGCUGCGUUUAGAAACAGCGUCACGCCAAACUGCUUCAAAGCCUUUUAAAGUCUGUAUCUAUUCCACCCGAAGCUCGAGUGGCCUUUGGAACUUCUUUCUACCUCGCUGUACAUUCUUCCCACUGGACAGCAAAUAGUUGCUGAAUCGACCUCCUGAAUAACCCCCUUAAACCCCACAGCAACAUGACUUCAGCAGAGCCAUGACUGUGCAGCCAUGGGAACCAAGGUAUCCAGGUUCAUCGAGGACAGUGGUGUGUAAUGAUUUGAGCGGCUCCUCACAAACGGAUGAAGAAUUUCCAAAAGCGAACAUGGAGUUUGAUUGUAAUACAAAACACCAGGUACCCGAGGGAGUGAUAGAGCAAUGGCAGAUCUCUAACACUGGAAAUGUAUCAACAGAGAAGCCUCCUCUUUUCUCUGUUCUCUUGCUGCACAAUCCAGAUGUGCAUGCACAGCUUUUGUAUUAGUAGAGCACAGACUACACUGCCUUACAGAAAUGCAACUUUAUAGAAUUAGUUAGUAGGGUUUGUGGUUAGUGAUUUUAUUGACAGACAAGCUUUCCAUAGCCUAAAAUGACCAAACCUGAGUUCUCAUGCCGACUGCAUCUCGUGCAACAGCUAUGUCCAACUGUCUUUAACAUUCAUGAUGUCACAUAUGGAUGGCAAGAUCUGGCUCAUGACGCGCUCCCUGCAGCUGACAUUUUUUCAGGCCUACAAGCUGCGAGUGACACACCUUUACCAGCUGAAGCAGCACAGCAUCCUUGUGUCAGUGGGGCAGGAUGAACAAGGAAUAAACCCUCUAGUAAAGGUGUGGAACCUUGACAAGAGAGACAGUGGAAAUCCUCUCUGCACAAGGAUUUUUCCUGCGAUUCCUGGCAACAAACCGACUGAAGUGUCUUGCCUCGGUGUGCACGAGAACCUCAACUUCAUGGCCAUCGGCUUCACAGAUGGCAGUGUGGUUUUGACCAAAGGUGACAUCACCAGGGAUCGCCACAGUAAAACUCUAACACUGCACGAGGGGAGCAGCCCAGUCACCGGCCUCGCCUUCCGCCAAGUGGCAAAGGUCACACAUCUGUUUGUUGCUACUCUGGAGAAGGUUCAUUGCUACACCCUGUCUAUCAAGGAGUAUCCCAAAGUUGAGCUUGAUACACAUGGCUGUGGACUCCGCUGCUCCUCGCUGUCAGAUCCUUCCCAGGAUUCCCAGUUCAUUGUGGCUGGUGAUGAAUGCGUGUACCUGUAUCAGCCUGAUGAGCGAGGGCCCUGCUUCGCCUUCGAUGGACACAAGCUGCUCGCCAAGUGGCACCGUGGUUAUCUGUUUUUACUAAUCAGGGAUGCAAAGUCACCAAACAAGGCAGGGUUUGGCAGCAGGGAGAGCUCUCCAUCAGAAAAACAGCUUCUCACCAUCUAUGACCUGGACAACAAGUUCAUCGCCUACAGUUCCUCUUUUGAUGAUGUCGUCGAUGUGGUGGCCGAGUGGGGCUCCUUUUACAUCCUAACCAGGGAUGGAAAAAUGUUUGUCCUUCAAGAGAAAGACACACAGACCAAACUGGAGAUGCUGUUCAAAAAGAACCUGUUUGUGAUGGCCAUAAACCUGGCAAAGAGUCAGCACCUGGACAGUGACGGCCUCUCAGAGAUCUUCAGGCAGUAUGGGGACCACCUCUAUUUAAAGGGAGACCAUGACGGUGCCAUCCAGCAGUACAUUCGCACCAUUGGGAAACUGGAGCCAUCGUACGUUAUAAGGAAAUUUCUGGACGCACAGAGGAUCCACAACCUGACGGCAUAUCUGCAGGCCCUACACAGGCAGUCACUGGCUAACGCAGACCACACCACACUGCUGCUGAACUGUUACACAAAGCUGAAGGACAGCUCCAAGCUGGAGGAGUUCAUUAAGAGUAGUGACAGUGAGGUCCACUUUGAUGUGGAGAUUGCCAUCAAGGUUCUUAGGCAGGCCGGCUACCACAGUCACGCUGUUUUCUUGGCUGAGAAGCACAUGCACCAUGAAUGGUACCUGAAGAUCCAGCUGGAGGACCUCAAGAAUUAUCAGGAAGGACUACGUUACAUCGGACGUUUGCCUUUUGAACAAGCUGAAAGCACGAUGAAGCAUUACGGCAAGACGCUGAUGCACCAUGUUCCUGAAGGCACCACACUGCUCCUGAAGGGCCUGUGCACCACCUACCAACCCAGUGGAGACGCUGGUGAAAAAGGAAGCCCAGAGAGGAGUCGUGUCAAUAAGGCCAACUCUGAGGACUUCAUCCCAGUUUUUGCGAACAACCCUCGAGAACUGAAAGCUUUCCUGGAGCACAUGAUCGAGGUGGACCCCCGUUCUUCCCAGGGUGUGUAUGACACACUGCUGGAGCUCCGGCUUCAAGACUGGGCACAUGAACAGGACCCAGAGAUAAAAAAGGUCCUGCAGGGGGAGGCGGUUUCACUGCUGAGGAGUGACCACACUGUAUUUGAUAAAGCGCUGGUCCUGUGCCAGAUGCACAACUUCAAAGAAGGCGUCCUCUACCUUUAUGAGAAGGGCAAACUGUAUCAGCAGAUAAUGCACUACCACAUGCAGAAUGAAGAGUAUGGAAAAGUGGUAGAGGCCUGUAAGCGCUAUGGGGACCAAGAGGGUUGCCUCUGGGAGCAGGCACUGGGAUAUUUUGCUAGAAAAGAAGAGGACUGCAAGGCCUACAUCAGUGAGGUCCUACAUCAUAUCGACCAAAACAACCUGAUGCCUCCCUUACUUGUGGUGCAGACACUGGCACACAACUCGACGGCCACUCUCUCCGUCAUCAAGGACUACCUCAUCAACAAGCUGCAGAGGGAGAGCCAGCAGAUAGAGGACGACGAACGCAAAAUCUGCCAGUACCGUGAGGAAACUGCUCACCUCCGUUGUGAGAUCCAGGAGCUCAAAACAAGUGCCAAGAUAUUCCAGAAGACCAAGUGCAACAUGUGCAACAGUCCCCUGGAGCUUCCUUCUGUUCAUUUCCUGUGCAGUCACUCCUUCCACCAACACUGCUUCGAAAGCUACGCUGAGAGUGAGGCUGAGUGCCCAACUUGCACCCCUGAGAACCGAAAGGUCAUGGACAUGCUGCGUGCACAGGACCAGAAACGCGAUCUGCAUGACCACUUCAGCAGACAGUUACGCAGCUCCAACGAUGGUUUUUCAGUGGUGGCUGACUAUUUUGGUCGAGGAGUGUUCAACAAACUGACUCUGGUCACUGACCUGCCUGGCAACAAAACAGUCGGGAAUCUAGAAGUCAACCUGCAGAGAGACCUACUCAUCCACACCAAGAGGAACUGCUAGAAACCUCCGUCCGUAAUCACAGUAUUAUUGCUGCUGGAGCUGGAGCUCUACCUUCAGCUUCGACGACGUGCAUUGUUGUGGGGGUGCCACUUUAAUCAACAGAGAAUGCAUUUGCCUGCUUUUAGUACCUGUUGUGGACCUGAUAGCAUAAUUGUGUUUGUAGUCUCGGUCAUGAUUCACUGGAGACUGAAUACAUGUACUUAGAUUUAAAACAUGCAAAACCUGGAUCAAUGAUAACUUGGAGAAUUCUGCUUUGGAUUAUUUGCUUGUAGAUCUUACACAGAAUCUUCCAAAACAGUUGAACCAGCUGCCAUUAAUACUUUAUUUUGAUGGCUUUUCACACUAUCUUAAUAAUUGAUAAUAAAUAAAGUCAUUAUUAAGUGUAUUUUCUCCCCUGGCUGUAUUGGUUUUGCGGCGGUCACCUGCCAGUCUUAUAAAAAUACACAGAACUUAUAUGAUAACAUUGAUUAUCAGAUUAUAUUACAUUGCAAGAACAGUACAUGUACAUGGUACAUGGGAGAACCUUUAAUACCUUAGCAGCUAGGGUAUUGAAUGUUGGGCCUAGCUAAUCUAUGAUUCACUGGUUCCUAAGCCUUACUGUGUCUGAGACACUCCGACCCAAAGGCCAAUCCCAUGUCAGGUUUGCAUAGGUCUUUACUCCUGCACCAGUAUUUACAAGAACUGAGUGUUCGCCCGGACAUGAGCCUGUGCUAAAAAAUACUCUACAAUAUCUGUUUCUUCUGUAUGCUUAUAAUGUCUUGGCUCCUUGUGGUAUGUACUUUAGCUGAAGCGUAUUUGCACAUAAACAUGUUAUUUACCUGGUCGAACUUGCUCUGUGGUGCUCUCACCUCAGAAGUCACAUUGGCCCCUAAGUGCAGUUACAUGGAGGCUGGGGACUUCUUCCAAUGCUUCUGUUCCUCCUCUUUGAAGGGUUAUUUAACAAGAAUAUCAUUGACCGGUACUACAAGUAGUUGCAUGUAAGAUAAGCCAAAAUUUGUCUUUUUAGCCACCUGGGUGCACCCAGGUGGCUAAAAACUACCCAGGUGGCUGAAGCGGACCACCCCUGAGCUUAUUUCACUUGCCUGUCAUCUAGUCUUUGUUUGGCACCACACACCUUUCAACUGUUGAUGAAGAAUAUUCUUGUUGAAUGAGGUUUCCUGCCACUGCACUGUUUACUGAUCUCAAUGUUGUCUCCUCUUUUUGAACAGCACUUACAAAAGCUAAAGACAACACUGCAGCAUCAGCAGAAUAAUGAAUGAACGUGUAAUGUUACAAACUGUUGUGUUACUGGUCAAAAAUACUUCAUAAAUCUAUCACAAUACACAAUUA